UACAAAACAGUAUACUCAGUACCUCCCUCUAGUUUCGCUCCCUUUUGCACUGCACUAGCAUCAGUGUGUGAUUCUCUGCUUACCUUCCUAGACCUCCACCCUUUUGUCUAGCUGAGAAAAAAACACGCAUAGGUGCUUGCUCUGCUGCCCCCGAAAUAUCGGAAUAUCUCUUCCGAUUAACGGAGCUCGCUAUCUUUCAAUCCUCUCGACAUCAUUACUCUCUUCUCUGUGUACCGAUGCUUACGACCUCGCCGAACCGAAGGAUUUCUCUCGAGCAUGACAAGGACUCCCAACUCAUCUGCAAUUCAAUAUCUACGUUUGACCAAAAGCAGGAUCACUGGAUACAUGCUCCAGCAGAAGUUUUCAGCUAAACUAAAACACCUUGGACAGCAACCCGAGCAUAGGGGAGAAUCAGAUUUCGGUCUCCACAGAAUGGAGCGAGAAUGAACAGAGAGUGGCUGAAAGAAAAGCAUGAACUGGAGGUUUAUUGAGGUAAUCUGCUUCCUGUUUAUAUGGGACCAUAUAACAGUUCAGUCUUCCCGCCAAGACCCGUUGGCAGCAGAGCAACAUGUCACCAAGCAAUUUGAUUGGCUCAUCUCUGACCGCGGACCUUUCCACCACUCUCGGACUUACCUCUCCUUCAUGGAAAGAUUCCGCCAAGGAUUUACAACCCGAUAUAAAAUUUAUAGGGAGUUUGCACGUUGGAAGGUGAGGAACACAGCUAUUGAGAGGAGGGACUUGAUCCGGAACCCUGUCCCACUCAUGCCAGAGUUCCAGCGAAGCGUUCGCUUGCUGGGGCGAAGACCCUCCACUCAACAGUUCAUUGAUACCAUCAUCAAGAAGUAUGGAACACACAUCCUCAUAUCUGCCACGCUGGGAGGGGAGGAAGCACUGACCAUGUACAUGGCCAAGAACAAACUGGACAGGAAGCUGGUCAACUCAACUCAAAAUGUGGAAGCCCUGCACCAACUGGCCUCCUCCUACUUCAUAGACCGAGAUGGCACUAUGAGGAAGCUCCAUGAGAUCCAGAUAUCCACCAAUGCCAUUAAGGUGACAGAGACACGUACAGGACCGCUGGGAUGCAGCAGCUAUGAUAAUCUGGACUCAGUGAGCUCUGUCCUUCUGCAGAGCCCAGAGAGCAAGCUUCAUCUCCAAGGACUCCAGGUCAUCUUCCCUGAGUACCUGCAAGAGAAGUUUGUUCAAUCGGCUCUCAGCUACAUCAUGUGUAAUGGCGAGGGAGAGUAUGUGUGCCAGAAAAGCCAGUGCAUUUGCCAAUGCACGGAGGAGUACCCCCAGUGCAACUGUCCUAUCACCGACAUCCAGAUUAUGGAGAACACUUUGAUUGGGAUGGCUGAAACCUGGGCCACCUCUUACAAGGACUUUGAGAAGUCAGAUGAGUUCAAGUCCUUUCUCAAGAGGCUGCCUGCCACCCACUUCCUCCCUGUCAGCAGUGUUCACCUCUUGUGGGGCAGUGACUGGGACCUGCAGGCCCGCUACCGCCUACUCCAGAGUUCCCUGGAGUCCCAGAGACUCAAGAUCCAGCGAACAGCCCGGAAGCUCUUUGGUCUGAGCAUUCGCUGCCACCACAAUCCUAACCACCAAAGGCCUAGGGAGAGGUCGGUGAUGCAGUGGCUGAACAGGGUUCAAUCCUUCCUCUACUGCAAUGAGAAUGGUUUCUGGGGUACUUUUCUAGAGAGUCAGAGGACUUGUGUGUGCCACAUGGGUGUCACCCUAUGCCAGCGACCUAUACCUUGCAUAAUUGGGGGCAACAACAGCUGUGCCAUGUGCAGCCUGGCCAACAUCUCACAAUGCGGCUCCUGCAACAAGGGUUACCGCCUGUACCGUGGGCGCUGCGAGCCACAGAAUGUGGACUCGGAGCGUAGCGAGCAGUUCAUCAGCUUUGAAACGGACCUGGACUUCCAGGACCUGGAGCUAAAGUACCUGCUCCAGAAGAUGGACUCGCGCCUCUACAUCCACACCACUUUCAUCAGCAACGAAAUUCGCCUGGAGACUUUCUUUGACCCGCGGUGGCGCAAGCGCAUGUCACUUACCCUGAAGAGCAACAAGAAUCGGAUGGACUACCUUCACAUGAUAAUUGGACUUUCUAUGAAGAUCUGCCAAAUGCGGAACAGCAGCAUUGAUCCAAUGUUCUUUGUUUAUGUCAACCCCUUCAGUGGGAGUCACUCAGAGGGUUGGAGUAUGCCCUUUGGUGAGCAUGGCUACCCACGCUGGGAGAAGGUGCGCCUGCAGAACUCCCAGUGCUUCAACUGGACUCUUCUUCUGGGAAACAGAUGGAAGACUUUCUUUGAGACGGUGCACAUCUACCUGCGUAGCCGUGCAAAGCUGCCAACUGGACUGCGCAAUGACACAGGCCAGGGUCCUGUUGACCUCUCAGACCCCAAUAAGCGUCAAAUCUACAUCAAAAUCUCUGACAUCCAGGUUUUCGGAUACAGCCUGCGUUUUAAUGCCGACCUGCUUCGCAGCGCAGUUCAGCAGGUGAAUCAGUCUUACACCCAAGGGACUCAGUUCUACUCCUCCUCUUCUGUCAUGCUGCUCCUGCUGGACAUUAGAGAUCGGAUUAACCGUCUCGCCCCUCCGGUGGCACCAGGAAAGCCCCAAUUGGACCUGUUCUCUUGUAUGCUGAAGCACCGGCUCAAGCUCAACAACAGUGAGAUGAUCCGGGUCAACCACGCCUUGGACAUGUUCAACACAGAGAUACUGAAACAAUCAGAUCACCUCACUACCAAACUUUGCUGAAAUUCAAUGAACAGACAAGACAAAGAUAAGCAAACAAAACAGACGCUCCACAAAAAAGGGAUAUUAAUCUAUAUUUGGUUUUUCCCUUUUUUAUUUGGGCGUUUUUGUUCUGCCUUUUGAUGUAAUAUUAACAACUUUGUAAGUGUAAUUGUUAAAUAGAAACUGAAAAAAGAUAAUGAUGAAAGGCAUUUUAGGUGGAUAAAGAAGAAGAUUCAUGGAAAUCACUGAACCAUAAUUGUCCCAGCAUGUCUGUCAUUUCCAAAAAUUACAUAAAAAUAAAGAAAAACAGAAAACAUUAAAUCGAUUUUCUGGUGACAAAGAGGCCUUGGAUUUACUCUGAAGGAACAAAGGUUAUAUCUGAAACUGCCAUUCUUCUGACAAGUCAAAUAUUUUUUAAGAUAUAAAGUCUUAAGGGCAGACCAGAUAACAUCCUUUUAUUUAAAACCAAUACGUUUCAUCAAAAAGCAAAAUACAACGAACAUGUAAAAGAAAUCUUUUAUGAUCAAGUUUAUACAUUUUAGGGGUUACGUAGCUUAGUGAGCAAUUACUCAAAAAGUUAGCUACAGCACAGACACUGUAUUACAUCAGAAUCCAUGACAAAUUUGCAUCCCUCUCUUUGCGAUGCAAGGUAUGAGAAUCUGAAAAGAGUAGGCUCACAGCAAGCUGUCAUGUCAAAUAACAGAAGCCAGCUGUUUAUAUAGAUAUAUAUAGAUAUAUAUAUAUGUAUACCUUUUUUCGCUUAAUGCUUGUUGCUGUUUGUUAUUUGAAUGUGUCAUUUUAGAGUGAGUCACUCCAGUCUAAGCUGAAAUCUGUCACUGGGCGCUACCUCCCAUGUUUAGAAUCCUCCCCAUAUUUCUCACAAGGUUGGUUCCUACUGGUGCCUGAGUGCAAUAUCAUGGUCUGAAGAUGAACAAUUAAUGCUAUUUCGUACAGCUUUGCAAAACGUACACCUUGUGACUGCUGAUGUGUCAAGCUGUAUGGGCACCAAGAGCACUUGAAACAUUGAUCAUUCACCCCCAUCCGUGACAGACAACAUGAAAGCCAUACAUUUCCUUGAGGUUAACAUAAGAUGUGAAAAGCCCCUUUCUACAUACAUAUGUUCCAUACAUAUGUUCCAUUUAUGUGUAAGUUAUUCAUUUCAAAUCUAGAACACUGAUAAACCAAGAGAAUGUAUAUUUGGUUGAAUUUUGUUAUAAAAUUGUCAAUCCAUUUGAUUUAAUUUCACUUGAGUAAACCAUACAGCAUGAUAACUGAUUGUUAUUAAAGCUUCAAAAACA